AUGAAACUGCGGUUGCAUCUGUUCGUCCUGUGCGUGAUAAUCAUAUUCCUGGUGUACAACAUGGCUAACUUUCAACAUAAGCAGACAUCGUUGGAAGCAAAAUCUCAUCCAUUUGAUACAGUGACGGUGUCUGACAGAGACGUUGUUAAGGUGCCUCAAAAAGCGGAGGCUAGGAUUGGUUAUUUACCCCAUGGUAUAGUGGAGUCCAACUCCGACAUGGAGUUGAAGCCAUUGUGGCUGACAAGUGCGCAGUCAAAGAAGUCUAAACAAAGUGAUCAGUUUUUUAUUGCUAUUGCUGCCGGUAUAAAUCAGAAAAAAAGUGUGGACGCUAUUAUGAAGAAGUUUCUUCCAGAAAAUUUUACAGCUAUAUUGUUCCAUUAUGAUGGGAAUGUCAAUGGGUGGAAUGAUCUACCAUGGAGCAAAAGUGUGAUACAUAUAGCUGCUUCUAACCAGACUAAAUGGUGGUUUGCAAAGAGGUUCCUCCAUCCUUCUGUUGUGUCCAUGUACCAGUACAUCUUUCUUUGGGAUGAAGAUCUGGAAGUUGAUAACUUUAACCCGAGAAGAUACUUAAAUAUAGUUAGAUCAGAAGGGCUGGAGAUAUCACAACCAGGUCUUGACUCUAAGCUUUCUGAAAUUCAUCACCGGAUAACUGUUCGUAAAAAAACAGGGACCUUUCAUAGAAGAGUUAGCCGGGCUAACAAACAGUGUUCAAGAGAAGGACCGCCUUGUUCUGGAUGGGUCGAGGGCAUGGCGCCUGUUUUCUCAAAGUCUGCUUGGCCAUGUGUGUGGCAUCUUAUCCAGAAUGAUCUUAUCCAUGGAUGGGGUAUCGAUUACAAGUUUGGAUAUUGUGCUCAGGGUGACAGGACAAAGAACAUCGGCGUAGUUGAUAGUGAAUUUAUAGUUCACCGAGGAGUGCAGACAUUAGGAGGUUCUACAGUAUCAAAGGAUGGUACUCGUGGCAAAAAUGCCCAGCCACUUCGUCAGAAAGCAGCUCAAGUCCAAAAAACGAGAGGGAAGGCACCAGGCCUUGAUAUGCGAACAAAGAUCCGGAGAAAAUCACGAUCGGAGCUUCGUGAUUUCCAGAAGCGCUGGGACCGGGCUGCAAGGGAAGACAGAACAUGGGUUGAUCCGUUUGCCCGCUCCCGAAGAAAGCGGAGGAAUAGAAACAACCCACAAUAG